UCCUCAGGGUCAGGUCCUGCUGGGACUGUGUUCUGCUCUGCUCCACUCCCUCUACCUCCCUGGCCUUGGGAAUCCUGGUGCAGCCUCUGAUGGUAACUCUGUAAGUCAUCAGCAGAGUCUACUAGUGUGUGCAGCUAGGAAACAGUAACUUUGGUAAUAUUGGGAUCAGCAGGCAACUCCUUUUGGGGGUAGAGCUUUCUACAUAGCAUAUCUAAGUACAACUGAGAAGCUUAAUGCGACAGUGAAGAAUUCAAUGGACAGUGGAGGUGAACACCUUUAAUCUAGGCACUCCAGAGACCUCUCUCUCCCUCUUGCUCUCUGACUCAUUCUCAGGCUCUCCCACACUCCAUCUGGCUCUGAGGAAAUCUGCCCGCUGUGUCAUGAGCAGUCUGCAGAGCUUCCUAGUUAAGUAGAUGCAGAGGAAUUCUAGGGAGUGUCAGCAAGAACUGGAGCCCUUUACAGCAGCAGCCCGAGUCCGGAAACACCCCCAAGUGGGUGGAGAGAUCCCGGACAGCCAACCAUCGACAGACCCACAUGGGCACCUGUUACGAAAUUCAGACCGGCUGCUGGAUGAGGCGUUCCAGAUCUGAGGUGAGGACGAUGGAGUCAGGCACGCGCAUGCUGCUCCUGCUGCUGGCGGCCGUCCUGUCCCCGACCGGGACCCGCGCGGGCUCGCACUCGCUGCGGUAUUUCUACACCAUCGUGUCCCGGCCCGGCCUCGGGGAGCCCCGGUUCAUCAUUGUUGGCUACGUGGAUGACACGCAGUUCGUGCGCUUCGACAGCGACGCGGAGACUCCGAGGAUGGAGCCGCUGGCGCCUUGGGUGGAGCGGGAGGGACCAGAGUAUUGGGAGAGGGAAACACAGAAAGCCAAGAUCACCCAGCAGACUUUCCGAAGGAACCUGAGGGCCCUGUCCAGCUACUACAACCAUAGCCAUGAAGGCUCUCACACCAUCCAGGUGAUAUCUGGCUGUGAUGUGGAUUCAAACGGACGCCUCCUCCGUGGAUAUGAACAAUUCGCCUAUGAUGGCCGCGAUUACAUCUCCCUGAACCAGGACCUGAGAACGUGGACAGCUGCGGACAGGGUGGCCCAGAUUACCCGGCUGGAGUUG